UCCAAAGAUGACAUUUAUGCUUGCAUGCUUUGUUAAUUCACGCAAGUCGAACAAAAUCGUGAAAUAAGUACAUGUUUGAAGUUUUGUGGUUGUAAACGUUUUUCACCAUUUUGUAACGAGGACUUAUGCGAGAAAAAUGAACAAAUUUAUAACAGUAAUUGUUAUAGGAUUUGAUCUUUUCCAUUAUAAGUUUGCAGCAGCAGGAUUUGCAAGUUUUCAAGAACUAGAGACAACUUUGUUACAGGCUACAUUGAGUAAAUAUGCCAGAAGACCUCACUCUUCCGACCCCGACGGUGCUGUGAAUGUAGGCGUUCGGGCGGUAUUUACCGACUUACAGCCAUUACAACGAGAGAGUAUCGACGUCAUUGUUCAUAUUCAAUCAAUAUGGGAGGAUGAACGUCUGAAAUACAACGCUACUUCGGGAACACCGGCAAGAAUGAACGAAACGUUGAUAUAUGCUCUUCAUGAGAAAAUAUGGAAGCCAGACCUUUAUCUUGAACCAGAAUGGACAUUGAAUAACGAUGCUGAGAAAAUGAAUAUAAGAAUUAUAGCUAAUGGACACGUCGGUAAGAAUAAAAGGUUCAGAGCCACAAUUCCUUGCACGACCAGCUUUGUUGGUAUUGAACAUACAGAUUUCAUCUGCACAACAAGAGUCAUGUCCUAUUCCUACUUUGAUAAUGAGGUGAAGUUGUACUGGGUUGCUGAUGAGUCAUUGCGAUUGAAGUAUGGAGCAAUAGACGCGGAAUCAGAAAUAACUAGAGGAGAAAAUGAUACUUGUCACUGGGAUACAUUUGAUGGAAUGAAUACGUCAUGCAUUGAAGUAAAGCUGUUUGUCACCAGACGAUUUCCCUCUAUCUUCUAUCGUUUAUACUUACCAAGUUUCAUGGCAGUACUCAUGGCAUGGUCCAGCUUCUGGAUCCACCGUGAUGAAGCUUCGGCAAGAAUCAAACUUGGAACCCUUAUUGUGUGGACCGUAAUGACUGGGUAUAUUUCUAUCGAAGUUGCCUUUCCGAAUUACCUGGAUAACAUUGCUGGAAAUGUAUGGAUGUUAGGAUGCAUGUUUUUCACGUGGGCUUCGUUUAUACUCUACGUCAUUAUUCACGUGGUACGGAGACGAGAAAAGACUAAAGCGAGACACGAUGAAGAAAGGGAAAAGGAAAAAGAGAAAGAAGCAAAAAGAACAGGAGAGAGAGCUCUUUCAAUAUCCGCCCUCCAUCCGGAUGCGCGGCUUGAAAGUAGAGGGUUGAAAGGAUACUCUGUUUGGAAUAACAGAAAUAAGUUCAAAGUAACGAAGAUAUACAUUUCUUCGUUCACAUUAGAACGCUGGUGUAGAAUCUGGUUUGGAAUUUUCUUCAUCGGGUUUACUAUUUUCUUUCUCGCAUUCUUUGGACAGGAUAUGUUUGUAUAAUAGUUGAAGUGAUACUCCACCUUAUGAAAACAAGAUAUACAAGCUUUGAAAGAAGUAGAAUUACUAAUUACUUAGGAUAGCGCUUACAAUCAGCUGAUGAACUGGUUAGCUCGUAUUGAAGUUCAAUAAGUAUUUUAAUUAUAUAUCGAAAACAUAUAAUGCUGCUGUCCAAACAAAGACUACACAUAAUUGAAUAGUUAGAAAAACGCUACUUUCAUUAUUAUACAUGAAAUUAUGGUGUCAGGGUCAUAAAGGGAGAUAAUCAAAACAGUGCAUUUUAUAGAACUUUCUAUUAUGUUAAUCAAAAAGCCAAACCUAUCAAAAAUACAUGAGAAAACAAUUAUCAAACAUUGGACUUAACAAGAGAAUAAUAUAUUUUAUGUUCAAAACAAAAGACGUGGCAGCCACAUUUUAAUCAAAUUCAUUAUGUUCCUUUAAAUAAUAAACGUGUUUUCUAUCUAUCUGCUCAGUCAGCUGACGGGUUAUACUGAAGUAUUUUAUAAUAUGAUGUUCUCCGGCUAACUUAUACUUCAAACUAAAGCUCAUGUGACUAUGUUUGUUGUAUAAACCACCACUAUACUGUCAAGUGCUUACCAAGGCAAAGAAAACAACAACACUGAGGUCACAGGUGCACUUUUUCAUAUGUCGACAAAAUUGAUUCUUCCAGGAAGCGGACCCGAGAGACAUUCAUACAAGCUUCCUUCACGGGCUUAAAGUAAUCACACUUUUGUUCAAAUAACAUUUCGCACUUAACCACUCGAGCAGUUUGAUCAAACAUCACAGGAAUUUUCUUGGUUGGUCUUCGAUCAAACUUGUUCUA